CACGUAGAAGCAGCCAUGUGAUUUUUACCAACGUGGUGAAGGCGGGGCAUCCGCAAGCUCCAUGGUGAUGACGUCAAAACAAGCUGCUAUGAUUGGACAAUGAGGUUGCCGAUUGUACACAUCAGGGUAGUAGCAUUGGUCGAUCCGGUAAGAGUUGUCUAUCAUUGCUCCACGUGUUCGCAGCGUCAUCGGUGUUCUGUCAUGUUUUGAUGUGCUGCCGCCAUGAUACAUUGUCUCUCAUAAGACCAUAUAACAUUGCUAGACAUGGAAUAAUACAGAUAUACAUCAUAAUCGAAGAAAAUCUAUACAAAUUACAUGAAUACAAAAACAUAUACAGUCACGAAGGAUACUCAUUUUUGGCACUUGAGAGAGAUAUAUAUAUACCCGAGAAGUGGGAGUGGGACGCACCUUACAGGCCACAUGCUUAUAGACUGGAUUAUACAAAUCGUAUUCAUCUAGGAAAAAAAAAAGUGUCAUGUUAAUAGAUGAAUCGUGGAAAUGAGAAAUGAAAGGAAAUACUAGACACUAAUGUAAAUUUAAAAUCUCAUGAAAUAGUACGUCGGAUGUUGAAUACUUCCCACCCCAUUUACGUUUGAACUGAUGGUAUGUCGUAUCUUCUGAAAUAUGUCGUAUGAAUGAGCAAAUCCUACAUAGCUUCUUUAGUCGUAUAAAUGCAAUCGGUAGUUUACCGAUCGACAUAAAAUGUGUUAAAAUCAGGAGAAUAAAAACAAAAAGAACGUAAGUGAAAGAAAAAGGAAAUCAGUGUGAUUGUUUCACACUUAGAAAGACAAAAUCAGCCCAUCCAACUUGUCCUGCUAGGAAGACCUAGCAUUCUGUAUUUUGUGUAUUCUUUUCCAUCUUUUCACGUGCUCCUUCUACAUGUGUUUUUCUUGUUGCAAAUAUAUAGCGUCUGCAUUCUGGAGUAAGCAGCAGAGGCCAUAAUAGAUGCACAUCGAUAACCUAAUGCAUCAGUAGCCUUAUUUCAUUAUAAAAUCAGAUCACAACGCGACGUGAGUUUAUUGUCAUUCCUAUCAUUACAUUACCUUAGUCAAUAUUUGCCUUAAACAAGUCUUUUUAUGUUUAUAUCAGUGAUUCGAACGUGAAUAUUGAUUGCACAACUUACUCCGUCGGUAAAAAAAAAAAAAGAAAAAAAGACAAAGACAAAGCAAGUCGUGACGAGAAAAACACGUGACGGUGCACUCUCUUGACCGGAGAGGAUUUACUAAUUGCUGGGGAGGAGGGGAGAAGACAUCUUGAGAAAUCCAAGAGUCCUUUAAAAGUUUUUGGAAAGAUCUGGAAACUACGGAGGCAAGCGAGAGUUGAGGAGAGAGACGGCAGGCUAUGAGUCUGGAGACGUUGUUGGCGGCGGCGGAUUAUGUGGAAUGGAAAUCUCGUGCCAAAGCACGUGGUGAGUAGAAAAGCACAUGGUCUCUUUGGCUUUGGUACCAGCAGACAUCGACUUUUAACAACAAUAGCAGCUGAGGCAGCAGCAACAACGGCUCCAUCUUCUUAAUAGCUGGGGAAGAUAUCGAUCAAGCUAAAUUCAACUUUUAUGAACAAAUUCAAACUUCACCACCACCACCACCGCCACCACCACCACCACCUCCUCCACCAUCAUCAUCGUCAUCUUCAGUUAGUUCACCACCACACAUAGAUAAUGCUAACAAAUCACCAGGUUCAGAAGAUAAAGCUGACAAAAGACGUGCUGGCGGGGCUGGAACACGUGAGGUUCACAACAAAUUGGAAAAAAAUAGGAGGGCCCACAUGAAGGAAUGUUUCGAUGGUCUUCGUAACCAAAUACCUCCUUCAGAGGACAAAAAGAACUCCAAUCUAAGUAUUUUACGAAGUGCUCUUCGAUAUAUACAGCACCUGCAUCGUAAAGAGAAAGAGCAUGAAGUCAAAGUGCAAGAACUUGCACGAGACAAGAUCUCGCUUCAAGAGACAGUACGCAAGUUAAAAAUGGAAUUGAGUCGUAUGAAUAUAGAGUUCAACAUUGACGACAUUCCAACCAAUGAUGAUGAUGAUACUGAUUCCAACUCUACAUCCACAGCAUCAGAGGGUAAUGGUCCCAUUUUAAGUGAUGUGGAGGAAGAAAGCACUACACCUGUAUCUCAACCUGUGAAAGCUGUUUCAGAAACUGUACCAGGUAAGAAGAGGCCACUGAGUUACCACAUCGUGCCUUCUUCAUUUAUUUUGAAUCAAGAAUUUACUGCACCCAAGAUAGCACCUUCCUUGCCAACUUCAUCUGUCAUGCCUUUGACAAGCACAGCACUCAGUGAUUACAAACCUCAGUCUCUUUCCAAAACCCCUAAAAUAAUAGAAUUGGAAAAGACCCAUCAAUCUGAUUCAGUGUCAAAUACAACUGAAAGUAAAUUGGAUUCAAUAGUCUGUGACACAAACACUGCUUCCACAGGAGCCAAAAAAAAGGUUUGGGUAAUUCCAAGAACUUUGGAAGUCAAAACACAGCAGAUCUCAUCACCAGAGCUACAGAAAAUACAGUGGAGUGGCAGCCCAUUAAUAAAUAAUAAACAUGCAAUGAAAUCCAAAGAAGAACCAAGAAUAAUUACAAAAAAACAGGCUGCAAUUCCAGUUUUAGCUCAGUCAGUGCGUGUACAAGAGUUGGCUACCACUGCCACAACAUACAGUUCACCCAAUAUUCUGGCUUCAGCACAUCAGAUUUCCAACAUCCUGACUCCUGUUAUUUGUACAACUGGCAAUGCAACACUUGUACCUGCAGCAGUUAAACCAGUCGUUUCAGCUGGUACUGCCGGUCAGACCUCUACACCUCUUACUUUAGUCCCUAAUAUGGCUCGCAAUUCGGUGACACAAAUUUUGCAGCAGACUGUGGUUCAACGUCAGUCACAAAAGAAGCAGACUAUUCUUAGCAGUAGCAACAACACCACCACCACCACUCUGGUCAACAACAUCAAUAACAAUAAUACUAAUGAUAGCAAUAACAAUAAUAAUAAUAAUAAUAAUAGUAGUAAUAGUAGUAGUAAUAGUAAUAACAAUAUCAACAACAAUAACAAUAAUAGUAUUAACUGUAUCAAUACCACCAAUGUUGCUGUGGCGACAGUAGCACAAGUUACAACAGUUCAAGCAUCAAAGACCUUGAAAUCUGUGAGCCAACUUGGAAGAAGUACAAAUUCUGUUCGUUCAGUAGUUCCAAUGACUCCAAGCAUUAUUAAGCCAGGUCUUCAACCAACUGGCAUCAAAGUAUCUGGAAUUACCAAAGUUGCAACUUUGACUACUCCUAUAAGCCAUUCUAAGAAAACUAUUGAAGCAUCUAAUACUCUGACUGGAUUAGUGGUGUCAUCCACAACUUCAACAGCUCCUUCAACAAAUGUUAUAUCAGUGGCACACCCUAUUGUAACGCAGACUUUGCCAGUGAUGUCUGCUGUAAAACAAAUUCUUGCAACACCAGCUACACAGAUUAUGCCUGGUAGCCCUAUUACUGUGAAUCCUUUAUUGGGGCAGUCGAUAACAAGGACACAAAUACUAAACAAUGUUACUAAUGUAGGUUCUUCAGUUGUUACCACAAUGUCUAACAGUCCAUCAAGCAUUUCCUCCAGUCACUCAGUUGUUCCAUUGACUCCUAUGAAAUCUGUAUCACAGAUUGUUUCACCCAUGGCAAUGAUGUCAUCGGCUGUCCAUAUGUCUCCAGGGCUUAACCAAGCCACUCAGUUAAAUGUGAUUCCACGGGUCCAGUACCAGCUGUUUCCCAGCAACCAAGUUGUUGGUCAAGCAGUUACAACCAAACCCCUUGUGAUGGUGACAGUGCCUACUACCACGGCAGUACAGGUAUCUAUGGCAGUAACCUCUACAACUACGUGAUACUUUGUUGCCAAGGUCUUAUACAUACCCACACACACACUCAUGUAUAUAUUGUCUAUUCUUGUACAUAAAAUACCAUGUACAGUGUAUAGCUAACAUCUAAAUAUUGAAUGAAUUAAUAUGCAGAAAUGCACAUACACCAGCACCUAUGUGGGUGUUUGUAUAUACUUGCACAUACCCACACCAGUGAAGUAAAGCUGUGAAAUCUCUCUCAUCCUUCUGUAA